AUGGCGGACUUCGACGCCCCGAGUGGGCCUCCGCCGCCAAAACGACGCGUUUGCGCCAGUUCGCUAAAGCUGAUUCAUCGCAACAGGUUCUAUGUCAAUACGGUCACCAAAAAGUCCCAGUGGGAUAAGCCCACCGCGCCCGCGACGGCUGGCGGCGACGAACCAGACGGACCUCCUCCCAGUUACUCUGCCGGCUCCGGUCCCGCCCCGUCAGACUCCAAGAAGAACCCCUUCCUUAGCCACGACAGCGACGGCGACCGGAAAGACCGCCGCUCGCCGGUUGGCCAGGAGGCCGAAGACGAGCGUCUGGCGCGCCAGCUCCAGCAGGAAGAGAACCAGCGCGCUGUGGCCGGCGGCGGCAGCCCGAACCUGUCCACCGCUGGCCCCGGUGGCAGUGUCAGCGGCGGUGACGGCCCCUCGGGCCAACGCGGUCUGCUUGGCAAGCUCUUCAACAAGAACAAGACGUCAUCCUCAAAUUACGGCGGCAACAACAACGGCGGCGGCGGCUACCCCGGCGAGGGCUACGGGCCCACCGGCUAUGCCAACACGCCACCCCCUCCGCAACAGGGCUACGGCGGCGGAUACGGCGGAUAUGGCGGAGGCCCCGGAUAUGGUGCCCCACAAGGCGGCUACUAUGGCGGCGGCCCGCCUCAAGGUUACUAUGGUGGCCCGCCGCAGGGCUACUACGGUGGUCCGCCGCAAGGCUACUACGGCGGCGGUGGCUACCCGCAGCAGCAGAGACCGCAGCGCCAGGGCUUAGGCACAGCCGGUGCUGCCGCGCUCGGUGUUGGUGGUGGUCUGUUGGGCGGCAUGCUGCUGGGCGAGGCGAUUGAUGGCGGCGACGGUGGAGACGGUGGCGGAGACGAUGGUGGAGGCGACGACGGUGGCGGAGACUUUUAA